AUGACUGAUCGAUAUCGAGGAUAUCCUGCGGCUGGCCGGUCCGCCACCUUCAACAACCCGGCCCGGAUCUCUCUGCCCGCUGUAGGCGGAUAUGGAGCCUUGUAUGCCAACGACCCGGAUUACGUCGCCUCGCCCACGAGAUAUUCCGCAGCCACUCCCAGAGGCUACACAGCAGCUGCGCCUCCUGCAAGCGUGCCUCCGAGAUCGUACUCGACCGUCAACCCAGAGCCGCGGGCUCCCAGGCCGGGCCCUCGUGAGCCCAGCCGCAACCGGCGCUCGACCCUCGAUGCGUCUGCCAGGCCUCCCAUCAUCGUCACGACCAUGCAGGAUCACCGCCCGCACACUUCGGGUCCGCACACUGCUGAUGUCCUUGCCGCCCACAGAGGAAGCCCGGUCCUCCAAGACACGUACCGGUCCAGCGACGGGAGGCUCUAUUCCCAGCCGGCGUCGUCCAUCAGAUCCCGGAGCACCGCCCGGCCAUACCACACCUCCUCUGCCAGCGACGACUUUGGCCGCUCCCGGGAGCAGGGAGAGAUCGUGCUAGCCAGUCGCGACGCCGAUGCCUAUCGCAACUCUCGGCCUCACGUUGUCUACCCGAGCAACUCUCGCCACAGCAACGCCGCUAUUGACUACGGCGAUGACGGGUACCAGUAUACAAACGCCGGCGAACAUGACAGCUUUGACCGGGCAUAUUCCCGUCCCAACAUCAACUAUAACGCGGAUCAGCGAAGCUUCAACGUCAACACGACGCUUGAUCCCACCCGAGCUAAUCGGCCUUACGACAGUCGAGGUGGCCCUCCACCUUCGACCCGUGGGUUUGACAAGAUCGGCCGAGCAUAUGAAAACGUCCCCCCUGCUGCACCAGCUCCCCCCAACCCCAACGCAUCUGGGCCGCUGGACGUUGUUGCUCCCUCUGCAGAGCAGCGUACCAUCAGGCGUCCCAGACCUCUUUCGCUCACACAGGAGCCAGGAGCUCGCGGCUCUCAUCCUGAUGACUAUUACAGAGGCUAUGAUGAUGAUGGCUAUGAACCCCGGCGGUUCUAUGACGACAGCGUCACCGCCCGAGGAUUCGGUCUACGGGUCCAGCCUGAUGAUAUUGAGGACCCCAGGGGCCGCUACUAUGAUCAGAGAGACGACCAUGAGAGAGACGAUUCAGCCAGGAGAGAUCAUUCUCAAGAUCGGGGAUCUGACCGCGAGAGGGAAGAUUGGUACCGAAAUAAAGAUAACCUCCGUGAGAGGCUAGAUGGUAGGAGAGACGCAGAUCAAGAAGACAGCGACCGAUCCCGAGUCCGAGAGAAGGUUGCUUCCGCAGGUGCUGCUGCCACUGCCACUGCGGCUGCGGCUGCGGCUGCCAGUGGCCUCUCACCAAACGCCAAGAAAGAAGAGAUGCCAGAGCCAAGUUCACCACGGAGACGCCGUGCUUCUGAUGAGUCUGAAGGCCGAGAUGAAGAUCGAGAGCGUCAGGCCGCAAAGUCAGAGGCUGAAGCCAGAGAUCGAAACAGGCGUUCGGCUGAGACCAAGCUGAAUGGCGAUUCGGUAGCAGUUGUAUCCUCUGAUUCCGAUGAGGGGAAGAAGAAGACGGCGCGCAGACACCGUCCCUCUCACAGCUUUGAUCCCAAUGACACUGGCGAUCUAAGGCAAAUCCGUGAGCAGCUCGCCGCUGUGAAGACGUCUGACAGUGAGAAGCCUGAGACCAAUGGCAAAGACCGGGCAUCUCCUCCGGCCAAAGAAGAUCGUCGGUCUGAGUCACCACCUGCUGGUGAAGACAACCGCGGGCGCGAUCUGGUUCUCCGCUCCCCAGAGGAAAAGCAAGUCCGCGUUGUAUCGCCGCCGCGCGAGAAGAAGGAGGACAAGCCCCUCAAGGGUAUUCUCAAGCAGCCAAGUGCCAAGUUUCCCGAGGAACUCAAUCCUAUUCGCGAGGGCGUGGCGCCGCACAAGGAGGAUAAGAAGUUGAAAGAAGUCCCACCGGGCGCUCGAUGGACCAAGAUCAACCGCAAGAUUGUCAACCCAGAGGCCCUGGAGAUUGGCAAGGAGAGAUUUGAGCUCCGUGAUGACUUUGUCAUUGUUCUUCGAGUCCUUAGCAAGGAAGAAAUUCAGGCUUAUGCUGCUGCCACACAAGUUUUGAGAGAGAGGCGACGAAACAAGGAGUCUGGUGGUGAUCAUGACAGCGACCGUGACCGAGACCGUGAAUCCCACGGUCGAGACCACGAACGUGACUAUGAUGACCGAGACUAUGAUAGAGAGUACGGUCGUGAGUACGACCGCGAAUAUGACCAGGAGUACGACAAAGAGUACGAUGACGAUAGGGGACGCCGUGGAAGCCACCGUCACCGCCGUCACCGGGACGAUCUCGAUGUGGUCGACCCUCGUGAGCCUGAUCGCGACCGUGACCGUGACCGUGACCGAGAGAGGCGACGCCGACACAGGCGUGAUGACGAUGAUGAGUAUGAGUCCAGGUCACGAGGCGAGGACCACCACCAUCAUCACCGAUCCCACCGAGAGGCAUGA